UGGGAGCCUGCAGGAAGUGACUUGGUGCCAAGCCGAUGUAGCUUAGUUCAGCACCCGUUCUGACAGAGAAGUUGCAGCUGGCACUGCUGAAAAUGUCCAGAGAGUGUAUCAAACCUCAGACAGGAGGGCCACAGAGCCAGAGCCUGAGUCCAGGUGGGCAGUAUGGGGCCUUGGCUUCAGGUAGCUGUCUGCCUCCCUCCACAUCUGCCUCCUGGAGCCUGCCCCGCUGGAGAGCGUACUUGGCUGCAGCUGUUCUCUGUUACAUCAACCUUCUGAACUACAUGAACUGGUUCAUCAUCCCAGUCUUCAUCGGCUGCCUGCUGGUGUCUGCACCUGUGUUUGGCUACCUGGGUGACCGAUACAGCCGCAAGGCCAUCCUGAGCUUCGGGGUCCUGCUGUGGUCGGGGGCUGGCCUCUCCAGCUCCUUCAUCUCCUACCAGUAUUCCUGGCUCUUCUUCCUGUCCCGGGGGAUCGUGGGUACCGGGGCAGCAAGCUAUUCCACCAUUGCACCCACCGUCCUGGGUGACCUCUUCGUGAAGGACCAGCGGACCUGUGCACUGGCUGUCUUUUACAUCUUCAUCCCUGUUGGAAGUGGUCUGGGCUAUGUGCUGGGAUCAACUGUGGCGGAGCUGACAGGGAACUGGCGUUGGGCCCUCCGAAUCAUGCCCUGUUUGGAUGCUGUGGCCUUGGCUCUGCUCAUCUUGCUGGUUCCAGACCUACCCCGAGGAGCAGCUGAGAAACAGGGAGAAGUGCUUGUGAGGGCUCCGAGGAGCAGCUGGUAUGAGGACGUCAGAUACUUGGGGAGAAACUGGAGUUUUGUGUUUUCAACCCUUGGAGUGACAGCCAUAGCAUUUGUGACUGGAGCUCUGGGCUUCUGGGCACCCAAGUUUCUGUUUGAAGCUCGCGUGGUCCAUGGCCUACAGCUUCCCUGCUUCCAAGAGCAGUGCCACAGCCAGGACAGCCUGAUUUUUGGGGCACUGACCGUGGCAACUGGUAUUAUUGGUGUCAUGCUGGGGGCAGAGGCCUCAAGAAGGUACAAGAAGGUGAACCCCAGGGCUGAGCCCCUCAUCUGUGCUUCUAGUCUGUUUGCCACAGCUCCCUGCCUCUACCUGGCUCUCAUCUUGGCCUCACGGACCCUCCUGGCCUCCUAUGUGUUCCUGGCUCUCGGGGAGCUCCUUCUGUCUUGCAACUGGGCAGUAGUUGCUGAUAUCCUGUUGUCAGUGGUGGUGCCCAGGUGCCGGGGCACGGCAGAGGCGCUCCAGAUCACAGUAGCCCACGUCCUGGGAGAUGCUGGCAGCCCCUACCUCACUGGACUUAUCUCCAGUGUCCUGCAGGCUGAGCGCCCCAACUCCUACCUGCAACACUUCCUCAGCCUUCAGCACAGCUUCCUGUGUUGCGCCUUCGCCAUCGUGCUGGGCGGUGGCUGCUUCCUGCUGACUGCACUGCACCUGGAAAGAGACCAGGCCCGGGCCAGGCAACCUGGCGAAGAAACUCUGGACAGCAAGGACAUAGCCAGGAGGGACACUGAGAGACAAGGGCUGCUAUCUGGUACCAGCACCCCAACAGAGUAGCUCUGGGCCCCUGUCUUGCAGUGAGCAGGCUACAUCCUUCUGGGGACCCCGCCCAUCUUGGCUGUAACUCAGGGACCCCAGCUAAGCUACACUCACCACCUUUUCAAUCCCUGCUAGAGAGCUGCCAAUGCCCAGGAGCUGGUUAGAUUGAGCUGGCUGGAUUGAGCUGGCUGGAUUGAGCUGGCACUACUCUCUAGGGAGUCUGGGCUCUGUGUCUGCACCGACCAGGGAGACCAGGCCCUUAUUAAAGCAUGACCAGUGCAAAGCCCUUA